UUUUAACUUUCUAUUAGUUUACAGAAACAAAUAAUAGAAUUGUGAAACACUGUGAUUGGCAUUGAAGUAACCCACUGUAAGAAAAUGUCAUCAGGAACAUCAGUGGCCGUUAUUGGUGGGGGCAUUGCAGGUCUUGUAUGUGCAAAUAGAUUGUCACAGCUCGGAAUAAACAACACAAUGGUAUUUGAUACAGGUAAGCAUGCACCUGGUGGGCGUUGCUCAAGUCGUCAAGUCAUGAUUGAAGGCAGAGCAUGUGUAUUUGAUCAUUCAGCGCAGUAUUUUACCGUGACAGAUUCAAGAUUUGCAAAGAUAGUCUCGUAUCUUCACAGAAAAGGGGUCGUUAAGACUUGGUGCGGAAAAAUAGGACAUUUAAAAACAGGAAAAUUCUCAGAGGAUAAGACUUUGACGCAGGCUUUUAUAGGGGUCAGCGGUAUGAAGGAUAUCCCACAAUGCCUUGCCGAAAGUGUGAAUCUUAAACAGUCGACAUGGGCGGGAAAUAUCAGUUGGGAAUCGGAAUUAAGAAAGUGGCGCGUAGAUAGACAUGGGUACUUUGAUUACUUAGUUAUAGCUCACAACGGAAAGUGUGCGGAUAAGUUAAUGUCGAAUGCAGGUGCGCCACAGAUUCAUAAAUUGACUCAAGUGCGUUUCUGUCAGCAACCGGAUAUGAAAGACAAAAGAAUGCAGUUGUGCUCUAUUUGGGCGUUACUUGUGUCCUUCAGUACAUCAUUGAAGCUUCCUUAUGAAGGAGUGCAUGUUGAAGAUGCAGACAUAUCAUGGAUGGCAAACAAUACUGCUAAAUUAAGAGACACUUCUAGACCACAGACUUCUACAAAUGAAUGCUGGACUAUAUUUAGUACAAGGCAGUUCGGAUCUAGAAACAAAUGCCCUCAAGAAAAUAUACCACCUAAGGUUGAGAGAGAAGUGACAAGUCUGCUUCUACAAGCUGUUAAAAGAGUGACAGGUCUCUCUGAAUUACCUGUACCUAACUACACAAGGGUUCAACUGUGGGGGGCUGCAGUCCCCAUGAAUGUUUUAAAGACGAGGGAAGAGUGUGUAUUUGAUAGUCAACAUAAUGUUGGUAUAUGUGGAGAUUGGUUGACUAGCCCAUGCAUUCAAGGUGCAGCAGUCAGUGGUCUUGCCUUGGCAGAAAAGAUAAACAAACAUUACACAG